AUGAGCAUCAAUUCAGAAGAGUCAUCAUCACCUCGAUUAAAUUCGAGCAUGGAGCGAAACAAUGCUUCCGUCUUACCUGCAAGUCCGGAGAAGCUUUUAAAACAAACACGAGGAGAUCAACCACUUGGUCCGGAUGAUAAAAGCAUAUUGUUGGGGUUAGAAAGAAGUAUUUAUGAAACAAGACUUAACGCUCCUAAAGUAUUCAAUUUUAUUGUUUUCAAUAUUGCACUUGGAGCUGCAUACAUGGGUGGAGUGUUGAGAAAACGAAGAGUUCCUCCACAACACGCAAAGGCUACAAUGUUAACUCUGACCACAUCGUUUCUAGGAGUAUUUUGUUAUUUGAGAAAUUUAUCUUCUAAUUUUGCAACAAAAAUUGCUUUAGACCCAAGAGUGGAUCAUUUAACUAGCGAUGGUAUUCAGAGAUGGGAGGAAGCAAAAAAGAAGUUAUUGAAACAACAAGGAGAAUAA